CACAACAAUCAUUUCAUUCUUCUUCACCUUGUUUUCUCCAUGGCGGUUUCUCACCGUCUCUUCAGGCUGCACUCGCCGGCGAAGAAUACUCUUUCUUCUUUCUUGAUUCGGUCGUUUUCUUCUUCUUCUUCUUCUUCUUCUUCUUCUUCGCAUGGGCCCUCGCUGGACCCUGAGAUCGAUCUCGAGGAAGCCGCGGCUCAGCUAGAGAAGUCUUCCUCUCCGUCUCCGUCUCCGUCUCCGUCCAAAGGAAGAAACUUUCACUGGGUGUUUCUUGGAUGCCCUGGAGUUGGUAAAGGGACGUAUGCCUCUCGCCUCUCUUCUCUCCUCGGUGUUCCUCAUAUUGCCACUGGUGAUCUCGUUCGCGAUGAGCUCUCCUCUUCUGGACUCCUCUCCUCUCAGCUAAAGGAGCUUGUUAACCAUGGAAAGUUGGUUCCUGAUGAAUUCAUAAUAAGUUUGUUAUCAAAGCGUCUCGAAGCUGCCAAAGAGAAGGGUGAAUCUGGAUAUAUUCUUGAUGGUUUUCCAAGAACCGUGACACAAGCGGAAAUACUUGAGGGAGUAACUAAUAUCGAUCUAGUGAUCAACCUGAAGCUAAGAGAAGAGGCAUUACUGGCGAAAUGUCUAGGAAGAAGAAUUUGCAGCGAAUGCGGAGCAAAUUAUAAUGUUGCGUGCAUUGAUAUCGAAGGUGAGGAUGGUAGUCCUAGAAUGUAUAUGCCUCCGCUACUUCCUCCACCAAGCUGUGAAUCAAAGCUUAUAAGCCGAGAUGAUGACACGGAAGAAGUUGUCAAGGAAAGACUUCGGAUUUACAACAAAAUGACUCAACCAGUGGAGGAGUUCUACAGGAAGCGUGGAAAGUUGUUGGAGUUUGAAUUACCAGGUGGAAUCCCACAAUCAUGGCCAAGGCUUCUUAGAGCGUUACACCUUGAAGACCUUUAUGAUAAACAGUCUGCGACAGCCUAGUCUCUCUGUCUCUCUCUCUCUCUCUUUGGAUUAUAUUAUUGAAUCCACAACUUGUUAUACAUUUUUUGCUCGAGGAAUCCUGCUCGUGCAUAUACGGUUAAGAUAGUGAAUAAAAAGAGACAUGUCCCAUUGUUGUUACUCCACAAGUGAAGCAUAUAUUAUAUAGUGAAGCUGUUUUUUUGUG